AAUAUCUCCAAUGAAGGUCUAUUUGCACACUCGAUCGCCUUACAAUCUCGCUAUCAUUUUCCCCAAAAAUGGCCUCAGUAGUUUUCGGAUUUUGCCCAAAUUCCCCUUUCUUCUUCUUCAAGCAUCAACCUCCUCCCAUCGAGUCGCCGGAACCAGAAUGUCUCUUUCUCUUCCUCCAACUUCAAUGCCGGUCCUUGAACAGCCUGGAGGGAAGAUGGUAGUGGAGCUCGUGGGGACAUUCAAUGAGCUGACGGAGAGGAUUAAGAACAAUAAUCACCAGUUGCUCUCCACCAGCUCUUCUCGAUUGCUUUUCAAGACGCUGAAACUUUGCCUCCCAAUUUUGCAGACUCUACCUCUCGCUCCCGAUGGUCGUUCCCCUCUCUCUCGUGCACUAUCCAUUGCACUCCUCCUUGCCGAUCUCCAGAUGGAUGCUGAAGUCAUUUCUGCUGGUAUACUGAGGGAAGUUCUGGAGGCAGGUGCCAUAAGCAUGUACCAUGUGAAGGAUCGUAUAGGUGUCAGUACUGCUCAUUUGUUGCAUGAGAGUUUUCGUGUCAAGAACAUUGCUUCCAAAGUCGACACUUACGAUGAUGAAAGUGUUUCGGCCCUUAGAAAAUUCUGUCUAACUUACUAUGAUGUUAGGGCAUUGAUUCUUGAUCUUGCUCUUAAGCUUGAUAUGAUGAAGCAUUUAGAGUACCUGCCACGAUAUCAGCAGCAGAUGAUAUCUCUUGAGGUUAUGAAGAUACAUGCUCCAUUAGCCCAUGCUGUUGGGACCAAUUCUCUGUCCCUUGAACUUGAGGAUCUCUGUUUUCAGUACUUGUUUCCUUAUUCAUAUCUCUAUGUAAACGCCUGGUUAAGGGGCCAUGAAACAGGGAACAAGCCUAUAAUUGAUGUUCUAAAGGAACAGCUGCUCCAAUUGUUGAAAUCAGACUCCAUCCUAGUAGAAAUGGUGGAUGAAAUCUUGGUUGAGGGUCGUUAUAAAAGUCAUUACAGCACUAUGAAGAAGUUGUUGAGAGAUGGCCGCAAGCCUGAGGAGGUAAACGACAUCCUUGGUUUGCGAGUCAUAUUGAGGCCUUGUUCCAAGUUGGUUACAACAGAUGAAUGUGAGAAAGCAUGUUACAGGGCACGCUCGGUAAUCCAAUCUUUGUGGAAGGAGGUGCCCAGCAGAUCCAAAGACUAUAUUUCCAGACCUAAAGCUAAUGGUUACAAGAGUCUACACAUGGCAGUUGAUGUGAGUGGGAUUAGACCUCUAAUGGAGAUACAAAUAAGGACAGCAGAGAUGAAUAUACUGGCAUCAGACGGAACAGCUUCACAUGCAUUUUACAAAGGUGGUCUUGCUAAUCCUGAAGAAGCAAAGCGGCUGAAGACCAUUAUGAUUGCUGCUGCAGAGUAUGCUGCAUUGCGCUUAAAAGAUUUUAGUUCCAGAAACCCUAAAUACGAUGGGAGUGAUAGCAGGGAUCGUAUCUUCCGUCUCCUUGAUAAGAAUGGAGAUGGUAAGAUUAGCAUUGAGGAACUUAUGGAAGUGAUGAUAGAGCUUGGUGCACAAGGGGAAGAUGCUCGUGAGAUGAUGCAGCUUCUUGAUGCCAACAGUGAUGGUUCUUUGAGCUCUGAUGAAUUUGAAAUGUUUCAAAAGCAGGUUGAACAGAUGCGUGGUUUAGAAGAUAGAGAUGAUGAAUACAAGAUGUUGUUAAAUCAGAAGCUUCAAGUGGCAGACGGUAGCGGUUUGAUUCAGGUGUACAGGAAAGAACUUGAAGAUAGGCUUGGCUUGCUGUAAGUUAGCCUUUGCUUUGAGAACCCAUAUUUUAUUGUGGUUUUGAAUCCAACAUGCAAAGUUGCAUGGUAUAUGAUCAUUAUUGUAUGAAUAACACAAGAUAGCCUAGAUAAUUUAGUGUAUAUAUGUUUGAUCUAGAAAGAACAGAAUAUUUGUGUGUGU